CUUAAUCGGCCUCCGGUCCUUGAUGAUUCGGAAACUCCUGACGCAGCUAAAGUGAAUCUGGCGCUGAGAUGGCACCUCCAUGGGCUGGACGCGGAGGGAAGGGGUGCCCAGUUGGGUUCUGGGGCCCUUCCCCUCCUUGGCCUUCCACUAUUCCGUUUGACCUCCUUUUUCCUUGGCCCCUCCUCCCCCUUGACCUGGUGCUGAUUGACUACUUCCACCUCCCCUGGGCUGGCCCCAGGCUGCUGUACUCCCGUAGGAUCCCUGGGCCCCUCCCCAACAUCCCGUGCCACUCAAGAGUUAGUGCAUAGUGUCAACGGUGCUUCCACGUGCAGCCUGGAGGCCUCCCUCGGGCUGCCCCCACCUUGGUGGGGCUACACUAGCGUUGGCGACUCCCCUUGCUCACCUUCUGCAUCCCAUCAGUUGCUGUAUCCCGCUACUCCUGCCUUCUAGAAUUAUGUGCCCUCCACACCACCAGGAGGCCUGCAGCAGCUUUUCCCCAGGCUCCCUGCUUCUAGCAGGGCCAGCUUCUUCCUGCAGUAGAGAGCUCUGGUGGGAGCGAAGGCUCCAUCACCGCCUCUCUCUCCCAAACGCUGCAAGGUCAAAGGUCCAGCCCCAGCACUGGCGCUGGCCUCUGCCCCUGUAGCCCAUCGUCCCCCCGCACUGAUGGCACACACUGUCUGCCUGUCCGACCCCACCUCCACACCCUUGCCUGCACUUUGCCUCAAGUGCCUCUCCUGCUGUGAUCUGCCUGUCACCUGCCCUUACCUGGGGGUGGCUUCCCCAGACCAAAAGGGAUGUUUUCCCUCCGCUCCCUUCCACGGGCCUUCUUUCUCAGACCAUGAACCCGUCCUGACCCAGGCUCUGACCUCCUUCCUGCCCAGGUACCUGCUGGAGCAGCGAGACGUGGAGGUGAAUGUGCGGGACAAGUGGGACAGCACCCCCUUGUACUAUGCCUGCUUGUGUGGGCACGAGGAGCUGGUACUCUACCUUCUGGCCAAUGGAGCCCGCUGUGAGGCCAACACCUUCGAUGGUGAGCGCUGCCUCUAUGGGGCACUGAGUGACCCCAUCCGCCGAGCUCUACGCGAUUACAAGCAGGUCACAGCUUCCUGCAGGAGGCGGGAUUACUAUGAUGACUUCUUGCAGCGGCUUCUAGAGCAGGGCAUCCACAGUGAUGUGGUCUUUGUAGUACACGGAAAGCCAUUCCGGGUGCAUCGCUGCGUCCUGGGUGCACGCAGUGCCUACUUUGCUAACAUGCUGGACACCAAAUGGAAGGGCAAGAGUGUCGUGGUUCUCAGGCACCCACUGAUCAACCCUGUGGCCUUUGGGGCCCUGCUGCAGUACCUGUACACAGGCCGCCUGGACAUUGGUGUAGAGCAUGUGAGUGACUGUGAACGCCUGGCCAAGCAGUGCCAGCUGUGGGACCUGCUCAGCGACCUGGAGGCCAAGUGCGAGAAGGUGUCUGAGUUUGUGGUGUCUAAGCCAGGCACGUGUGUGAAGGUGCUGACCAUCGAGCCCCCGCCUGCAGACCCCCGCCUCCGGGAGGACAUGGCGCUGCUGGCUGACUGUGCCCUGCCCCCUGAGCUCCGAGGUGAUCUUUGGGAGCUGCCUUUCCCUUGUCCUGAUGGCUUCAACAGCUGCCCUGACGUCUGCUUCCGAGUGGCCGGCUGCAGCUUCCUCUGCCACAAGGCCUUCUUCUGUGGCCGCAGUGACUACUUCCGGGCCCUGCUGGAUGACCACUUCCGAGAGAGCGAGGAGCCGGAGACCUCAGGGGGCCCCCCAGCCGUCACCCUGCACGGCAUCUCACCCGACAUCUUCACCCACGUGCUCUACUACGUGUACAGCGACCACACUGAGCUGUCCCCUGAGGCGGCCUACGACGUGCUGAGCAUCGCCGACAUGUACCUACUGCCAGGCCUGAAGAGGUUGUGUGGCCGCAGCCUGGCCCAGGUGCUAGACGAGGACAGUGUGGUGGGUGUGUGGCGCGUGGCCAAGCUCUUCCGCCUGGCGCGGCUUGAGGACCAGUGCACUGAGUACAUGGCCAAGGUCAUUGAAAAGCUGGUGGAGCGGGAAGACUUCGUGGAGGCGGUGAAAGAGGAGGCAGCGGCUGUGGCGGCCCGGCAGGAGACGGACUCCAUCCCGCUGGUGGACGACAUCCGUUUCCACGUGGCCAGCACGGUGCAGACCUACAGCGCCAUAGAGGAGGCGCAGCAGCGGCUGCGGGCGCUCGAGGACCUGCUCGUGUCCAUUGGCCUGGACUGUUGAGCCCCUGGCUGGGCAGCCCCAGGGGCCAGGAGCUCCCUUGGAGACAAGCAUGUGUAUGUGUUUGUGUGCAGCUCUUCUUCCUGCUCCCUGCACAUUGAGGGCUUCAUGGUGGGUGCAGGGGGCUCAGUGGGGCUUCUCUUCCCUCCAUGAGCCUGGAGACCCCAGGGGAAGAUGCAUUUGGGAUGAGCCCCCUCCCCCCAAUGCACAAGCCAGCCCCCAAGAUCCUGGGGGUGGGCACCACUCAGGGAAACCUGGGGUGGGGGUGGGCUUUGGUCUUAGCACUUUCCUUCCCCACAUCCCCCUCCCCACACCACCCCAGUCCCAAAUCCAGUCUUGUAGCCCUCACCCAGCCCUGGAUUGCUUCUCUAAGCCGGUGUUCCCAUGCACAGGGCCAUUCAGGAAGGGCUGGGGGAGUGUGUGUGGCAAUAAAGCUUGAAGGCAUUGUGGGAGCA